UAAAGAUAUCGAGCGCCUGGUCUUCCGAUCUAUACACACUCUCGAACUGUUCUGAAGGGAUCAGUGGAUUUGAAAUACACCAUAUCGUACGAUUAAAUUCUCCGAUCAUAUUUCAAUUGAAACCAGGAAUACCAUCUCCCAUUGCUUCAAGCACCAUGUUUGGCGCUUUUCGAAGAUGUCCGGCGUCUCUCUCCCGAGUCGUGCCCACGCCCUGCCUCUCCUCACGAAUAUUACGAACACCUUUGGCUCGACCGUCGAACAUCAUUAGCACAAGUAGAUCUAAUGUUCCCCGUAUAUCCGUCUCUGCGUUCCACCAAACCGCGAGGUGGCAAGAGGCUUCAGCACAAACACAGUCUGAAGAGACGACAGAACCUGCGCGCGUCGAGCCCGCACCGGCAACUGAGUUCAGUGAACUCGCUAUGCGUGGACUUGUUCAUGAUAAUGUGAUUAACACAAUCACUAAGCAAAUGAAACUGAGGACCAUGACCGACGUCCAGUCUCGAACUAUCAACGAAGCACUGAGCGGAUCUGAUAUUAUUGCUCAAGCCAAAACUGGUACCGGUAAAACUCUCGGAUUCCUCGUCCCUGUCAUCCAGCGCAUCAUUCAACAAAACCCAGCACUGGGCGAACGAGUCCGCGGUUACAAACGUGCUAGACCAGAUGAUAUCAAGGCCAUUAUCAUUUCCCCCACUCGAGAACUUGCGGAACAGAUCGCUGUCGAAGCACAGAAGGUUGUUGCUGGGACUGGCAUUGUGGUCCAAACAGCCGUAGGUGGCACACAAAAGAAUAUGAUGCUCAGGAAGACUCAAAGAGAAGGAUGCCACAUACUCGUUGGAACUCCAGGCCGUCUAGUUGACAUAUUUUCCGAUCCUUAUUCAGGUAUCAAGGCCCCUCAGCUAAAUGCAUUGGUUAUGGACGAGGCAGAUAGGCUUCUGGACCAAGGAUUCACUCGAGAAAUCGACGAACUGAAAACGCACCUCCCCGACCCCGAGGAAGUCGACCGUCAGACCCUCAUGUUCUCCGCAACGGUCCCACGAGAAGUCGUGGCGCUUGUCAGGGCCACCCUGAAGCCCGGAUUUCAUUUUGCCAGGUGCAUUAACGAGGAGGAAGAGCCAACCCACCACCGAGUUCCUCAAAAGGUUGUGAAUCUGGCUGGCUUUGAGAACACAAUGCCAGCAUUGUACGAGUUAGUCCUUCGAGAAACCCAAGCUGCAAAGGAGACCGGACGUCCCUUCAAGGCCAUAGUUUAUUACAACUCUACGGCCGAAGUAAAACUCGCCUCCUCCGCAUUCUAUAAGCUAUCUGGUGGAUUCAAGCGAGAUAAGAAGCUUCACGGUUUGAAUGCAUUCGAAAUCCACUCCAAACUCACUCAAGGGCAACGCACGAAGUCCUCGGACAGUUUCCGCCUCGCCAAAUCCGCGAUUCUCUUUUCUUCUGAUGUUACAGCUCGUGGUAUGGAUUUCCCGAAUGUUACCCACGUGAUCCAGAUCGGUCUCCCAAGAGAUCGUGAUACGUAUAUCCAUAGGAUUGGUCGCACCGGUCGCGCUGGAAAAGAAGGUGAAGGCUGGCUCUUCGCCGUCCCAGUAGAGCACAGGGAGGUGUCCAGGCGUCUCAACAGGCUUCCUCUGACGACAGAUAGCUCUCUUGAGACUGCUUCAUUGGAUAUGACGACUGAAUCCGAAGUCCCCGAACAUGUAUCGGGAAUACUCCAGGAGGUAUCGGGCGCGUUCAAGAAAGUCUAUCCUGAUGAGCUCGAGGCCGCUUUCCAAGGGUUAUUUGGUGGAUACCAGUGGUACUCUAAUAAGCACGAGCUGAUUGAGGCAGCGAACAAGCUGGCCGAAUUUGGCUGGGGCAUGGAGCAACCGCCACCAGUGCCUUCAAGCGUAUGGAAUUCGGGUGGUGGCCGUAGGGGUUUUGGUGGACGCGGAGGCUUUGGCAGGCAAGGUGGCUCCGAUCGCGGGCAAGGCUUUGGCGGACGAAGAGACUUUGGUGCAAGAGGAGGUUCUGGUGGACGGGGAGGCUUCGGUGACAGGGGUGGUUUCGGAGGACGACGAGACUCUGGUGAAAGAGGAGGUUCACGUGGACGAGGAGAUUUCGGCGAUAGGGGUGAUUUCGGUGGACGGCCCCGCGAGAGGCGGUCCAACAGUUUCGCAUACUAGGUGAGUGAGAGAGGAACUUCUUUUGUCCUCACUUGCUGAUCAGUUACCGGUUUGUAAUGAUGUUUCUGUACAUUAUUGUUUUCACUUCGACCAUACUCACGCACACUUCACAUGUACUAUAAUAUUUGUCACGUUGGCGACACGACGGUAGGGGAACGAAGCUCGGCAUCAAAUCACGGGACAUGGCUACCAAUGGGCGUUUGAAUGGACAAGAGUUGCGAGUGUAGGAUCUUUUGCGGCGGUAACGCAUCUCCAAUCAAUGUAGAACAGGCGUUGUGGGUUUAGAGGGGUCUCAGAAAAAGUACGCAUGAUGAAGGCCAAUUCGAAUACCAAAAUCUUAUUACUCC